AAGUUGCCAAUUUUGGUCUAGCUAAAUCAGGGUGCAAUGCUAUAACAAUGCACAUUGUAGGUACUCAGGGGUACAUCUCCCCUGAGUACCUCACUGAUGGGGUUGUAUCCACUAAAAUGGAUGUUUUCUCAUUCGGGGUUGUGUUGCUCGAGCUUGUGUCAGGGAAGGAGGCUAUCGAUGAUGAAGGGAAAGUCUUGUGGGCAAAAAUUAGCGAUUUUUCUGAAGGGAGUGAAGAGAGGAAGGUGAGGAAAUUGCAAGAAUGGAUGGAUGAAAGUCUAUUGAGGGAAGAAUUAACAAUGGAAAGUGUUGUGAAUGUGAUGACUGUGGCUAUUUCAUGUUUGAAUAAAGAUCCUUCAAGAAGGCCAGGGAUGAUUGAAAUUGUGUAUGCCUUAUCUAAAAGUAUUGAUCUAUUUUCUGAUGUUUCAGAGGAAGGACCAUCUCCAAGGCAAGUCACAGCAAGAUAGACUACAUAAUAGUACUUGCAUAUUAUGUAAAGUUGUUUUGAAGUGGAGUAGCAUUUUGUGUUUUGAGGUUUGUACUUUACUUUAAAGUUUGCUUCUAUAUAAGUGUAAUAUUACUCCUAUAUUAUCUUUUCUAGUAGUAGUGGUAAAUCCAAUUUCGAAUAAGAGCAUGUUUAAGGUUGUUCUAGUGGAAUAUAUAUUAGUACCACAUAAGACACUUGUAAUGAAUUUAUCUUUAUGUUAUGUUGCUUGGAUUCUUCAAAAAUGAUCUUGCACUUGUGUCAA